AUGUUCUGUCAAUUGAGUUCUACGUUUAUCCUCUGUAAGUUAGUUCAAUAUGGGCUGAUUUUAUUAACGCCCAGGGAUCAGUUUGAUACUUCUACAGAACUUUUGUUAGCAAGGUUUGUUAGUGUGGCUGAUAGUAGCAAAUUUUGGAAUAGUCACCUAUGGAAUAAGCUUUUAGCAUGGGAUUCUGUUUAUUUCAUGAAGGCAAUGGCGUCGGAGAAUGGUAAACCAGCUUUUGAACAUGAAUUUGCCUUCUCUCAGUUUUGGAUCCAUUUAGUAAGAUUUCUGGCUCCUAACCAUGAGUUCUACAAUUUACUCAAGACUGGUGUUGUCCUAGAUAAUAUAUUGCACUAUUUGGCCACAUUCAUCCUGUAUUUUUUAACCGUAAAGAUUUUUAGUGGUAAUUUGAAAAGUUCGUAUGCUAAAUCUCUGGCUAAGAAGACAUCGGUUUUGUUUAUCUUUAGUAGUGCCGCUGGAUUUUUAACAGGAAUUUAUUCUGAACCAUUGUCGUUUACUCUGUCGUUUUUAGGAAUUUGGGCUCGACAAUCAGCAGUCUUUACCACUUUACCCAAACAUAUCGAUUGUCUUUAUUCCAGAUUUCCACUCUACUUGUUUUCAGCAAUCUGUUUUAGUUUGGCUACUUUGAACAGAUCAAAUUGUAUCGUAUUGGGUAUCUAUUACGUCUUUGACCUUUGGCAACUGUUAAAGAAUCGUAACUACGGUAAAGCUCUUCUUUUCCCACUAUUAUCAGGUGGAAUUCUUUUCUUAACAUGCGUCCUACAGCAAUAUGUGAUCCCUUAUAGUAUCUUUUGUCCAGAGAGAGGUUCAUGGUGUAAUACACAAAUUCUGGGUCCAUUUACCAGGCAAUCCUUUUAUGGAUUUUUGCAAUCUCAUUAUUGGAACGUUGGUUUUCUCAAAUAUUGGACUCCAAAUAAUAUACCCAAUUUCCUAUUCGCAUUACCCAAUAUUAUCAUUCUACUGUAUUCAUCAGUUUAUUUUUCCAAGAUAUAUCCAUAUUACAGUUUAAGACCACAUAUUUGGGUCACUACAUCUUUGGUCAUUAUUGUCUUACUUUUCGCCCACGUUCAAAUCAUUAAUCGGAUUUCAACUUUCAUUCCAUUGCAUCUCUGGUACAUUGCAGAUAGAUUGUUGAAAACCUCUAAUUCGAAAGAUAAGAGCACACCCCGUGGCGAUGAUAGAAUCGCUCAUUAUUAUAUUAUAUGGCUUAUCUUUUGGAUUCCCCUACAAACGAUACUCUUUGCAUAUUUUUUACCGCCAGCAUAA